GCCCAUUUUAUACCCACUGGUGCCAGGUUUCCGUGUUCCCAGGGCAGAUUCCCCGGGGGGUGGUGUGGAGAGGGGCCCAGGCUGGUGUUGGGAUCCCUGCCCACGGGGGAAGAGCAGGGGCAGGCAGACGCUCUGAGGCCAUAGGAUUGCCUCUCAGCGGGUGCCUGUAUGCCGAUCCCAGGGACAGAUCUCUGCCUGUGCCUGGCACGGUUUUCUAAGGUCAGUUUCUAACCGUUGGGAGCGUGUUAAUGAGACUCAACGGGGGUGCUCAGGACAGAGUGCCACCUGGCAUGGGGAAACCGGGCAUCUGAUCUGAUGGGGAGUGGGGUACAGGGUCCAUCGCCUCCAGGAUGAGGCAUGGGGCACAGGACCUGCCACUACCAGGUCACUGCUUCAAAUCUGCCCUGGUCAGUCAUAACCAUUCCUGUCCCGUGGUUUUUGUGGCAUGGGGAGGGCAUCUCCACCUACCAUGCUUUCUGCCUCUGUAGAAACCCUACUAUUCUCCUGGCUUCUCGGUGUCUUUCCCCACUUUCAUACCCCCCCCACCCCCGGUGAGCAUGCCCAGCAGGUGGGUGGGUGUGGGGUAGAGGGAGCAGCUGGCUCUCCUUAUCCAUUUCCCCCUGUCUCUGCCUUCCUCUGGCAUGUGGUGACAGAGCAGAGGAGGUGUGAGACAGUGCAGGCGAGUUUCCGGAAUCACUGCAGUGUUCUAGGUGUGUGGAUGCUGCUAGCAGCCCAGCCCUAGAUGGAAUGAGAGGAGGAAGUUCCCCACUCCAAAGCCGCCUUGUUUAAAAAGCAAAUUUUCCUUAUCUGUAAGCUGGAGUGUGUAAUUAAACUAAUCUAGAGGUGCUGCCAUGCCCCUUGGGGAUACUCACCAGCAGAAGGGUGGCUUGUUUGGCUUACCAUAUGUUGCUUGGGAAAAGGUUUAAACUAACCCAGAAAAAUGGUCUCUUAUAGUGGAAUAAGGCUUGUCCAUGGCGGAGGAUGGAUGGGUAGUGGUGGUGGGGUUAUACUGGUGUAACUAUAGUGGUAUAAUUGAUAAAACUUUCCCAUGUAGACAAGGCCUAAGUAAGUGCCCAUGCAACAAUGGCAGUUUAGCUACAUAACCAGCCAGUUGCGGAUGCACAUCCUGCACUUGAGGGCACCUUCAUGUGCGCUUAUGAAGGUUAGGAAAAUGUGCCCCUGAGGCUAUAGCCGUGUAUAAUAAUAAACCAAACAGAAGCCAAAUCCUGUCAACUUCCCUUACUCCAGGGACCCGGAGUCUGAAAUCCAGUGGAACUCGUCUCCAGAGUCGGGCGGAUCCAUCGAGGCAGCUGAAGUGGAAUGGUAGCUCACACUCGAUGGAUCCCAGACCCGCUCAGAACUGAGGCGCUUAGGUGACUUUUGAAGUCAAGGAUCUUGGAGUGGCGUUUCCUCCCAUAGCAUGGGGCUUUCAUUCCUGGUUUGCCUCUCUCUGGGGUUCAUGCUCACCGGAGUUUCUUUCAGCACUUGGCAGUGCCCGCGGAUUCCCUAUAGCACUACCAGGGACUUCACUGUCAAGUAUGAGCUGCCUAGCUUCACCGCGGAUGGCCCCAUCCAGAACAUUGUCACCUACAAGGAUCCGAGCGGAGCAGCCGCCCUCUUUGUGGCGGUGCGGAACAAGAUCUACGUGGUGAACCCGGCACUGGCAAACUCAUCAAUCAUCGUGACUGGCCCCGUGGGCAGUGCCCAGUGCGAGAUCUGUGCCCAGUGCCAGGAGCCGGGAGAUGGCCGGAAGCUUGAAGACACAGAUAAUGUGGUUCUGGUGAUGGACCCAUCUGAGCCAUGGUUAUACAGCUGUGGCACUUCCCAGCAUGGCCGGUGCUUCCAGCACGAAUUGGAAAUCCAAGAUAGCCUGGUGGUGGUUAGUGCCACCUACUGUUUGUAUGCAGCUCAGAACAGUCCUGAUGAGUGCCCAGACUGCGUGGCCAGCCCCCUGGGGACGAGGGUCCUGGUGACUGAAACCAGCCGUGUUUCUUACUUCUACAUUGUCUCUACCAUCAAUAGUAGCAUAGCUGCAAGGUACAGCCCGAAAUCUGUGUCUAUCCGGAGACCGAAGGCCACUUUGGAUGGGUUCUCCUGUGUUUCCGAUUCCCUCAACGUGCUUCCAGAGUUCCAGGACUCCUACCCCAUUGAUUACGUGUAUUCCUUUAGUGCCCAGGACUUUGUGUACUUCCUGACUGUCCAAAAGGAGAGCCCCACAUCCAGAUCAUACCACACGCGGCUGGUGCGGCUGACAGCCAAGGAGCACAACAUGAAUCGGUACCGCGAACUGGUCCUGGAUUGCCGCUUCGAGUCCAAGCGCAGACGGAGGCGGAGCUCGGACAGGGAGCACAAGCACGAUGUGGCUUUCAACGUGCUGCAGGCAGCCCAUGUGGCCCGGCCAGGCCCAAAGCUGGCCCAGGAAAUCAGCGUCAACGAAACCGACCUGGUCCUGUUCGGUGCGUUCGCUGAGAGUGAGGCAGAGAGCUCCAUGCCUCGCUGGUACUCGGCUGUGUGCGCCUUCCCCGUGCACCAGAUCAACCAGGCCAUCGAGGAUGGGAUGUCCAAGUGCUGUGGCGUUGCCCAGCGUGAGCUGCUGCGAGGGCUCAGCUUCUUCCAGGCCGUUGAGUACUGCCCCCACAACGUGAACCUCUCAUCUCCGGUGGUGGAUACCAGCUGCUGGAACAAGCCCACCCUGGUCACCACGGCCCCCUACAAGGUGGAUCUGUUCAAUGGGCACAUGGCCGGAGUCCUGCUCACCUCCAUCUUUGUGAUGGCCCAGGGCAAUGUGACGGUCGCCCACCUGGGCACGGCGGAGGGGCGCAUCAUGCAGGUGGUGCUUCAGCGAUCCAGUUCCUACACCGUCACCUUGGCCAAUUUCUCCCUGGGCAAGGAGCUGCCGGUGCUGCGGGAGGUUGGCCUGCUGCAGGACUCUCUGCUCUUUGCCACCGGAAACAAGGUGUCUCAAGUCGCCAUCACCGGCCCAGGCUGCCGCCACUUCCUGACAUGCCAGCGCUGCCUGCGGGCAGAGCGCUUCAUGCGGUGCGGCUGGUGUGGGGGCGUGUGCACUCGGCAGGAGGACUGUGCGGCACUAUGGACUGAGAAGAGCUGCCCUCCCAUUCUCACUGACUUCCACCCCCGAAGCGCCCCCUUGCAUGGCCGCACCCGGGUGACGCUCUGUGGGAUGGGCUUCCAGUCACGCCGGCACUUCACUGCCGCCGUUGGGUCCCCCGUGGCUGGUAGCACCUACCAGGUGAAGGUGGGGCAGAGGGACUGCACCGUGCUGCCUGAGGAGAGCCUGGACAGGAGGCCCCCCGUGCUGCCCCCCACCAAGGCCGCUGUAGACGUGCUGGUGUGCAAGCUGGAGCUGAGCAGCGACCAGGUGGUGGCGGGGCCUGUCACAGUUCAGCUCACCAUCGAGGAGCAGACGAGGGACCCGCCCUUCCACGUCAGUGGCUCCUCAUCCCUCGGUGGCUUCAUCUUUGUGGUGCCGAACGUCACUGCCAUCCGCCCUGUGUACGGCCCGCUGGCUGGCGGGACCCAGCUCUCCAUCUGGGGCCGAAACCUGACCGUGGGCAGCAGCUGGAGGGUGAUGCUCGGAGGGGCAGAGUGCCCCGUGGCGGGGCAGCAGAGCCCCACCGAGAUUCGCUGCACCAGCCCUGCAGCCAGCAACCUGCAUGCUGUUCCCGUGGCCCUGUGGAUAGAUGGGGAGCAGUUCCCUGCCCCGGAGCCAUUCCAGUACCGCCCAGACCCCGUCCUCCACGACAUCUCCCCCAACUGCACCUACGAGGGUUCGGCCCUCACCAUCCGUGGCACCAGCCUGGACUCCGUAUAUUACCCCAGAAUCCAAUUUGUGGACGCCAGCAUGGCGACGGAGGCCAAGGUGUGUGCGGGGCCGCGCUCUCCCGAGCAGCUGGUGUGCCAGAGCCCAGCCUACCCCUUCGCUAACAGGGUGGAGAGCGCCCAUGGCAAUCUGACCGUGCUGCUGGACGGCUCCCCUAGGCACAGGGCUUUCCACCUGCGCUACUACCCCACGCCUCAGAUCCUGCCCUUUGAGCGCGACAACACGUACCACCUCAAGUCUGGUGACGACGAGAUCGAGAUCCACCAAAUCGGGUUGGAUGCGCUGGUGGGCUGCAUGAGCAUCACUGUGACUGUGGCGGGCCAGGACUGCCACCCCAGCGUGCUGAAGAAUGAGGUGACCUGCCGGAUCCCCAGGAACCUUAGCCUCCCCCUGGAUGGAGUCCCUGUGCAGAUCUGUGUGAAUGGCGCGUGCCAGCACCUGGGCUUGGUGGUGGCCACUGUCUCCCCAGACCCCCUGACUGGCAUCCUCUUGGGCAUUAUCACCAUCUUCGUGUUCGGCUGCCUCCUGGCGUUCCUGGUGGUGAAAUGCAGACGCAGGAAGGAGAUGGGGACCGAGAAUUUGGAGAUGCUGGUGAAUCCCAAUGGGAAUGCCCCCAGCUUUGCCCUGCUCCCCUCCUUCAUGGACUACCGGGAUGUGCAGGCCACUCCCAGCGGUGGCUUUGCCAGCAGGCGCUUCCGAGAUGCCUCCUACGUGGGCAGUAGCAACAGCUCUGCCAUGCCACUUGUGAGGAUGCCGUCCUGUUGCAUCGAAAACCUCCGUCCCGAGCUGCUGGAGGAGGUAAAGGACAUCCUGAUCCCAGAGGAGCGGCUGCUAACACACUGGGACCGGGUCAUCGGCAAAGGGCAUUUCGGGAGCGUGUACCACGGCACGUACAGAGAUCUGUCAGAGAGGGAGAUCCACUGCGCCGUCAAAUCCCUGAACCGGAUCACUGACGUGGAGGAGGUGGAGGAGUUCCUGAAGGAGGGGAUUCUCAUGAAGAGCUUCCAUCACCCCCACGUCCUGUCGCUGGUGGGUGUCUGCCUGCCACGCCAGGGAUUGCCCCUGGUUGUGCUGCCCUACAUGAAGCACGGAGACCUCCGGCACUUCAUCCGCUCCAAGGAACGGAACCCGACGGUGAAGGACCUGAUAGGCUUCGGGCUGCAGGUGGCGCAGGGCAUGGACUAUCUGGCCCACAUGAAAUUUGUGCACAGGGACCUGGCUGCCAGGAACUGCAUGUUGGACCAGACGUUCAUGGUGAAGGUGGCGGAUUUCGGCCUGGCCCGGGACGUCUUUGAUAGGGAGUAUUACAGUAUCCGGCAGCACCGCCAGGCCAAGCUGCCCGUCAAGUGGAUGGCACUCGAGAGCCUGCAGAUCCAGAAAUUCACCACCAAGUCGGACGUAUGGUCCUUCGGAGUCCUCCUGUGGGAGCUGCUGACACGUGGGGCCCCACCGUACCCUGAGGUGGAUCCCUACGACAUAACGCACUACCUGCUGAGUGGCCGGCGUCUGCCGCAGCCUGAGUACUGCCCGGACUCGCUGUACGCGGUGAUGCUGAGCUGCUGGGCUCCGAGCCCCGAGGAGCGCCCCACCUUCUCCGCCCUGAUUGGGGAGGUGGAGUGCAUCAUGGCCUCCCUGAAGGGCGAGCACUACAUUAACCUGAGCGUCACCUAUGUCAACCUGGAGCCUGGCCUGUCCAGCCCGUCAGUGCCGGGCUCCGAGGACGAGCUGGCCUCUAGCGGGGAGGAGGGUGAAGCAGCUGCCGUGUGCUAGGGGGCGCUCUCCACCCGCGUGGCACCAGGAACGCAGUCAGAGCUGGCCAGGGAGACCUGGGCUGGGCAGUACACCAGGGGGCUGUGGCGACAUGAUGUGAGGAGGCGCCAGCGCCCAGCUGGGCUCCCAUUGGCACUGCCUGGCACUGGACAGGGAUGCUGACCACUACCUGAUAUUCUACCUGAUAUUUAUUGUGUAGCGAAGAGACACAGCAACUAUUUUAAUACAAAGGAAACGUCAAAAC